UGAUGGAAAUGCUCACAUAUUAAACGCUUUUUAAGGAAUUGCAAUGUAUUUGUUGAAGUCUUUUUCGAAAUUUUCUUGUAUUAUUUUUUGUUUUCUACAAUUUGAGAGUGUGAUAGCAGAUGUAGACGUCUUCGAGUUUUUGAAAUUCGACGAUGGGAUUUUACCAGACCGAACAAAUCGUAUAGAAGACAUCUACUUAAGAUUUUACAACGGGAGCACAGAAGAGGAGUACGUGGACUUUCCACUCGGCCAAGCUUCCCGCCUGUUCGAAAUAAAAGGUUUCGACAAGAGCAGUCCCACUGUGCUGUACAUACAUGGAUUUAUCGAAACGGCGCAACAGGAGAGUGUCCAGGUCAUGGUGAGCGCCUACUUGGAAGCUAAACCCAGCACCAAUGUCGUGCUCCUGGACUGGUCUAAUAUGUCACAUGGCUCGUACUUGGUCAACGCUGCAAGGAACACUAAAAAGGUGGGCGCAGCGGCAGCUGAGCAGAUCCACAAUCUGCUAGAAUCCGGACUGCAGCUGGAAAAGCUGCACAUCAUCGGGCACUCGCUCGGCAGCCACGUCGCCGGCUACACGGCGAGGGAGCUCAAGAACAAAUAUCAAAAGACUGUCAAAAGAUUAACCGCUCUCGAUCCGGCCUUCCCUGCGUUUUAUCCCGACGGCGUGAUGAUGGAGCAUGUGAGCGCCAAGGACGCCGAGUUCGUGGACGUGAUCCAUACGGAUGCCGGCGGCUACGGCGCGCCUGUGCGCACUGGAACCGCGGAUUUUUGGCCCAACGGCGGCAAAAGCAUACAGCCCGGAUGCCCGAGGUUCGCACCCAUACCGCUCUCUGAUGAUAGUAUCAUAAUAUUUUCAGAUUUAUGCAGUCACUGGAGGUCGUGGCGAUUCUACGCUGAGUCGAUCCGGAACCCGGACGCAUUCCCAGCAUCCCCUGCAGAGUCCUACCACAAGUUCCGCGACAACCCCACGCCCGAAGUGGGAAUGGUCUACAUGGGCGAAAACUGCGAUACCAGUGCGCAGGGCUCUUACUACCUGACAACGAAUUCAAAAACUCCGUUCGGGAAAGGCAUGGACGGCAUCCAAUCAAAAAGCAAAAAACAACAAAGAUAGGUCACCUCACCUAGUUAGAAGUACCUGAGAAUUUAGUAUAAAUUGAAACGCACAUUAACAGUAUAUUUGAAUCUAAGUAUUGGUAGAUUUAAGAUUUUCAUUAAGUAGAAGGUAAUUAAAGGGGUUUUAUAAAAUUGACAAUUAAGAUUCAAAUUUGAACAUAAAGAAAAUGGCAUUUAUUUAUAACGUCGAAUGUAUAACUACCUACUCUUGCUAAACUACCUACAAAUGUCACCAAUUUUGCUUCAAUCACCAGCUAUUCGUUUGACAAGUUUUGUCUUAUUUUAACUAUAAUCCAUCUUACUCUAUUGUGUUGAUAAAACGCAAAGCCGUCUGUAGAGCCCAUAAACAUCCUGAACAUGAGGUUUCCAAACCUAUUAUACUUAAUUUAAAGUUCGUAUUUCAUUUGUCUUCACGAGCAUAAAAUGCCUAUCAUAAAGCAAAUUACGUACAAUAAACCUUGACUUUUAAGAAAACGUACAGCCUGACAAUGGUCUGCUAGAGUCAAUCGCUGUUUCUACGAUCACUGCGGCCGCGGCCGUGUUAUUGAUGUAGGUCAAUGUAGUACAAUAUACUCGUAGUUCAUUUGAGCAAGCUUUGGAAUGAACUUGCUAUAUGAUCGUGUAUUGUGCGUAAUUUUUGGUGCACACUGUAUUUUUUUAAUAGAUUCCUAAAUAUAAAAUAAAAAUUAUUUAUAUCCAUUAAUACUUAUUGCUUUUGUGAAUUAAAAAUGGCCUAUUAUGAAUAUAGGUAGUCGUGAAUAUUCAUGACAGACCUUAAUUAUUUAUUUUAACAAAAUAUUACUUAAGUAACAUACUUUUUUUAUCUCAAAUAUAUCGUUCUACCAAAUGAAAACAUGCCUGAGGCCAACGCAUUUAUGUAAGUUUUUCAGAAAUUUAUAAGACAAGUAUUCAAGAUAGUACUGGUAUUAAUCUUUAUAGCAUCACAAGUAGGUAGUAUUGAACUAAGAUAAAAAAUGUGACUGAGUUUUAAAAUCAUAACUAUUUAAAUUAAAGGGUUUUAGAAUAUGUUAUACUUUCUGAGGGAUUUGUCCGAUACGUCAAUGGGACAUGUUACGUAAUAAAACUGAUAAUUGUAAUAAUACGUACAGACUGCACACGAGCUCCGAGGAUAUCACAUCGAACUCACCCUCUCUACUCUCCACGACCACGCGCUUGGUGUAAGCGUCCUCAACACGAAAAUACUCAGAGCUCACUUGCAAACCAUACAUAAGUCUCUAAAAUAUAGUUACCACCAGUAAUUGUUAUGUUUAAAGAAGCACAGGCAAUUUUAUAUGAAGAUGUAGUUAACGGCAGCCGAGCAUAUUUACUUUGUAACAGGAAGAUAAUGAUAACCAAAAAAUAUUUUGCAUAAUUUUUUGACCGUGAUCAAUAAAACGCUGCUGGUUAAAUACACCCUCAAACCUCCCUCUCUCAUUGGAGGUCGAUUGAAAUAUUUAUAUUAUCCUUUCGUACAUUUUGAUAAAAAGUAACAGUGAUAUUGAUAUUCAGUAAGUAUACAUAUAAAACGACAUCACGUAUCAGUGUUCAAUCGGUACUUAAUAAAAGGCUUUACAUUUCCGUAUUUAUAUUGUAUUGCGGAAAAAUAAUGUUAAGUAGGACUAUUUAAUGAUGUAACUUAUCACAAGCGAUUUGGCACUAACAUUAAGUACCUUCUUGUAAAUUUAAAUUAAAGUUGUUUACUUUUAAAUUUAAGAAAAAAAUGUUUUAUUUCAUUUUAUAUUACCAACAUAAUACAAGUAUUUGCCUACUUAUAAGUAAAAAAUAAAAGCCCUCUUGCAUAUACGAAUACCUUCUGGAUACUGUACCUACACAAUUAAUAAAAACACAAUAAAUGACUAGACAUUAUUAGAAAAUAUUUAGUGGACAGGAUUUAAACUUCUUACAUUGUUCUUUGAUACAUAGUUGGUAAAUAAAACAUCGAAGUAUUCGCUA